CAGGUGAUAGCCGCGACUGCAGAGAUCAUCAAAGCUGUCGAGUUGACGGAGCCGGACGUCCUCGCCUACUAUGCAUUCCGAACCCAGACUGAGAUUGUCUUUGUGGAGACAUAUAAAACUCCUGCUGCAAACGACGCACAUGUGAAGACUGAUCAUUUCCAAUCGUUCUCCGCGAAGGUUGGUCCUCUGUUGGAAAAGCCACUGGAGCUCAAACUGGGUACAUUCCUCUCUGGAUUCGAGCAGCGAGCG